CGCUCACUUACUUUGGCAACAACAACGAGAUAAGUCUUUAUUAUUUGUUGGUCUGAGAAACAUGGCGUCUUUAGCAACCGUCGCCGCCGUUCAACCCUCCACCGCCAUCAAAGGACUCGGAGGAAGCUCUCUGGCCGGAGCUAAGCUCUUUAUCAAGCCUUCUCGCCAAAGCUUCAAACCCAAAUCCUCAAGAGCUGGUGCCGUGGUGGCUAAGUAUGGAGACAAAAGUGUGUACUUUGAUUUAGAAGAUUUGGGUAACACAACAGGACAAUGGGACUUGUAUGGAUCUGAUGCUCCUUCUCCUUAUAACCCACUUCAGAGCAAGUUCUUUGAGACAUUUGCUGCUCCUUUCACAAAGAGAGGUUUGCUUCUCAAGUUCUUGAUUCUUGGAGGUGGCUCCUUGCUCACUUAUGUCAGUGCUUCCUCGACCGGUGAUGUUCUUCCUAUCAAGAGAGGUCCUCAAGAGAAGCCUAAGCUCGGUCCUAGGGGCAAGCUUUAAAUUAGCUUUCUAAAAUCCAUUCAAAAUGUCAUGAAACUUUCUAUUCAAUUCUGUGAACCCUUUUAAUGAUCUAUGUAUAUUGUGCUGUAUUAAUUGCUUUCUAAGCUAGUGAAUUAUGAGAAUCA